UAGAUUAACCAUUUGGAGUCGGAUUGCACAUUUGCCUUCUUUUUCGAACUCCACUAUUUCUUCGCGCCGAACAGCGACGAAGCUCCGCCGCCACGGCAGUCACUUGACGGCGUUAGCCCAGCAUUCGGCAGCUGGUUGUUAAUUCCCUCAUGCUUGAUUAAAAAACGAUCUCAGCAAAUCCUUUGAUUAUACUAACCCUAAAAUAAAAAAAUCCGAUAUUCUGAAGAUGAUUUACACUGCAAUCGACAAUUUUUACUUAACGGACGAGCAAUUGCAGAAUUCUCCGUCGAGAAAAGAUGGAAUUGAUGAAGCUACUGAAACUACCCUGCGAAUCUACGGCUGUGAUUUGAUUCAAGAAAGUGGAAUUUUACUUAAAUUGCCUCAAGCUGUGAUGGCUACUGGUCAAGUUUUAUUUCAUCGUUUUUAUUGCAAGAAAUCAUUUGCACGAUUCAAUGUGAAGAAAGUUGCAGCUAGUUGUGUUUGGCUUGCAUGUAAACUUGAGGAAAACCCGAGGAAAUCACGGCAGGUCAUCAUUGUUUUUCACAGAAUGGAAUGCAGGAGGGAGAAUUUACCGAUUGAAUUUUUGGACCUGAAUUCAAAGAAAUUUGCGGAGUUGAAGGUUGAAUUGAGCAAAACGGAAAGGCACAUAUUGAAAGAGAUGGGUUUCAUUUGUCACGUUGAGCAUCCUCACAAGUUUAUUUCAAACUAUUUGGCCACCCUUGAAACGCCUCCAGAACUGAGACAAGAAGCUUGGAAUCUUGCAAAUGAUAGUUUGCGUACAGCAUUAUGUGUUCGUUUCAAGAGUGAAGUUGUGGCUUGUGGGGUUGUAUAUGCUGCUGCGCGUAGGUUCCACGUACCUCUUCCUGAGAACCCACCAUGGUGGAAGGCGUUUGAUGCAGAUAAAUAUGGGAUUGAUGAAGUUUGCCGAGUUCUAGCUCAUCUGUACAGUCUUCCCAAGGCAAAAUACCUAUCAGUAUGCAAGGAUGGGGAUUUUUCUUUUUCUAGCAAGUCUUCAGAUUGUCAAACUACUCCAAAGGAAGUUCCACAGGUUAACUCACCGGCUAAUGACGCCCUGGCUCCCAAGACAGGGUCAAUUGGGGUUAAUGCUGAAUCUGGUGGUUCCAAGGCUCCAGUAGUUAAAGCGGCCCUUGACAAGCUGAAGGAUUCGGUGAAGAGUGGUGAUGAGUCCAAGCCAGCUGAUGGAGAUGCGAGAGAUGAGCCUAUUCCAAGAUCUAAGUCUGAGCAUAGGGCAGAGUCGAAUUUGGACAGGAGUAAAGAGAGAGAUAUGGAUCGAGAGAGGGAAAGGGACAGGGAGAGAUAUAGAAUAAAGGGUCAUGAUCGUGAGAGAGGAAGAGAUUCUGAAAGGGAAAGGGAUCGAGAGGACAGCGAGCGGGACAGAGAGAGAGCUAAAGAUCGAGGUCGUCGUUCGAAGGACAGAAAGGAUUCAGGACAUUCAAACAAAUCGAGAUAUCAUUCCUCGCGAGAUCAGGAUCACCACAGUUCUUCUUACUCUUCAAGGGAGAAGGAUCGUAACCGACAUCACUCGCAAGCUUAAAUUCCAGUUGUAUAGUAGCUGAUUAAUGUUUGUGACAAUUAAAUCUGGACUCAAAAUAUUAUUCGGAUAUGAAUUUUUUUGCAAGGCGUUUGAAAAGAUACAAUUUGGUUGUCCAGCAA